GCAAAAAAUUACGCCGACCCUGGGUAAUCCAAUAUAGAGCACGAGGACGCCCGAUGCUCGGUUUGGCACCACAAAUUGUGAGUAAUUUCGCGCACAAACUAUCAAGAAUUGUUGGAAGCAUCGUUUUGGGAGGUCUCGAGCGUGCUGCCAAUAGUCAGGCUCGAAAAAUUGUAAAAAUCGAACAUGGCGCUCCCGACAAACUGUUUCGACAACUGGCUAAGUAAGAAGUUGGAGGCUUUAAAUACGGAUCAGUAUGUGUUUGGAUCGUAUAUCAAAGGAAUUUUAGACGGUGAUGGAACUGAAGAUGAAAAGAUAGAAGCUCUCGAAGGCAUAUUCGCGGGCAUAACGGAUGACAAUAUCAGUAAACACGUGUUAGAAAUUUUGAGUGCCUGGACUAAAUGUUUACUCGUCAGAGAUGAGACGGCUUUGAAGGAACCAAUGGAAGAUGUGGAUGUUAUAUUGUCACGAGUGCUGGAUGCUCAGCCUCUUCAGACUACAACACCAAGAAGUUAUACUGCAGAGGAAAGGGGAAUAAGAGAUGCCAUUCUUGCACAGUACAGUCAAACGGCGGAUGAAGAUCAAAGUGAGGGUGAAGGGGAAGAAGAGGGUAUGAGUGGAGGAGACUGUGGAAUCGAGAAAAAUACAAAUGCUGCCUUGAUAGUGCAACAAGAAAGAGAGAAAAGGGAGAAAGCUAAAUUAGAAAGUCAGAAGAAAAAGGAGAAAGACAAAGAGGAUCGAGAGAAACAAAAGCAGUUAAAAGAGGAGAAGAAGGAAAGACGAAAAACACAGAAACGAGACUACAAAUAAUCAAAUGCUAAUUAGCAUAUGUAUACAUUUCUGUUUAUUCUUCAUGCAUGCAAGGAUCUCCAACAGUCAUUUAGAUCAUUUACUAAUACCCCGUUAGUAAUUUGUGUCUAUAAUAUGCAUAUCCUAAAACAACUCAAGUUUACAUGAAAUGCCAAUCAUGUUUCUUGCUAAAUAAUGUUAGUUAUGUCAUAGCGGUUUUGUAACAUUACAUCCUGUGCCUUCCAUUGGUUAAAAAUCUUUGUGAAACAUUGUACUUCUUUUACAAGUCUUUUACUUAUUGUUUUUGUAUUCUUCUUACGAGAUAUUACUUCAUCUGUAUUAAAUCUCAGAUUGAUCUUAAUUCGUUGUUCCAUUUAAAUCGGACUCUGCUAUUAAAACAGAUAAAUAACUUGUACUUAUCAUUACGCUUAGCGUAUAUUUUCUCAUUAGAUAGCUCAUGUAUUUAAUACCGAUACAUUAAAUAAAUCAUUUAAGUACUCAA